CACAUGUGCUUGCACUCUCUCCCUGUCCUCUGUGUCUCCUCAUCCGAUCAGCGGAGCACAGGAGGUGAUUUCUGCCACUUGAUUUAUUAGUCAUCGCUGGUUGUUGGAACAAGCUAAUUAAAAGGAGCGUGAGCGUGUGUGUGUGUUUGUGUGUGUGUGCAUGUGUAUUUGUGUGUGAGAUUUAGAGACUGACGCUGCUGCUGCUUCUUCUGCUGCUGUUGCUGCCGUCCCCUUCAUCAGCUCUCUCACGCUUUGCUGUGGAGCAGGCGAGAGGAGAGGAGAGAGAAGAGGAAGAAGAGGAAGAGAAGGAGGAGAAAGAGAGAAGGGGCAGACACCUGGGUGGAAGGACAUUUUCACACCACUUCCCCUCAUCAUCUCUUCUGACAUGGCCACUGCUUAGGAAUCUGGUGCCGUGGCAACCGUCAGAUCCAAGGAUAAGGUGGUAGAAAGUUGGGCCUGUUCAGGGGGAUGUUCAAAGAAACAAAGAGAGGGAUGGCCGUGGAGGAGAAGCCGGGCGUGAAGAGCAGCAGCUCCAUCGUUCCCUGCUUUCUGUUUGUGGAGCUGGUGAUCAUGGCUGGGACGGUGCUGCUGGCUUACUACUUUGAGUACACGGACACCUUCCCCGUGCACAUCCAGGGCUUCUUCUGUUACGACAAGACCUUCUCUAAGCCCUACCCUGGUCCGGAUGAUACCAGCAAGAUCCCUCCGGUGCUCAUCUACUCGCUCGUCACAGCCAUCCCUACCCUCACGAUUCUUGUUGGAGAGCUGUGCGCCUUCUUCACCAAGGCAGAGGGAACCCAGGAGAAGACCAUUGUGACUGCAGACUGCUGCUACUUCAACCCCUUACUGAGACGCAUAAUACGCUUCUUGGGUGUUUAUGCCUUUGGUCUAUUCACCACGACUAUUUUCGCCAAUGCCGGCCAGGUAGUGACAGGAAACCAGACGCCUCACUUCCUGUCUGCCUGCCGACCAAACUACACAGCAUUAGGCUGCCAGUCCACGAUGCAGUACAUCACAGAGCGACGGGCCUGCACAGGCAACCCACUGAUUGUUAUGUCUGCACGUAAAUCCUUCCCAUCUAAGGAUGCAGCACUCAGCGUCUACUCAGCAGUGUACACAGUGAUGUACGUGACACUGGUGUUCAAAACCAAAGGCACACGGCUCACCAAGCCCACUAUCAGCCUCACGCUGCUUUGUCUCGCCAUGCUAGUCGGUGUGGUCAGAGUGGCUGAGUACCGCAACCACUGGGCUGAUGUCCUGGCGGGAUUCUUCACUGGGGGAGCCAUCGCUGUGUUUUUGGUGACUUGUGUGAUUAACAACUUCCAACAGCUGCAGCCCGGUCUUCCUCCACCGCGACCCCAACGUCCCGAGUCAAUGCUGGGCAUGCCGAUGGUGACACUGCCCUCCGUGGAGAGUCCACUCGAAAAGUUAAGUGGCCCUCAGACUCCGCGGGGAUCUCCGUUCACAGAGAUCACAUGACCAUCAGCCCUAUCGGUUCCCCGCCACCCCCGAUGUCCUCAUACCGUCUCGCUCCAUUUCCAGCGAAGUCUAGACCAGUCGGAGCAGCACUCACCACAAUGCGCCGCCCAUCCGGCUGGGCGGUACACAACAUUGCACCGCUCCUAUUCCACGCAGGUCUAGACCCCCCACCCCUCCUAAUACAUGAUACACAGCACACACAUCCCCCGUUGCCCUCUCAACCCCCGGGGAACCGAUAGGCAAACUCUUCAAAGACUUUCUCUUUGUUGGAAUACCAGUAAAGUAAAGCUCUGAUCAAUAAGUACAGAGUCAGGUACAUCUUUUUUUUCUUUCCUUUUUUUUUCAUGUUGAAAAAUGUAACUAAUUUUUUUAUAUGUAUAUAAACUCAAUCACAUGAAGCUCACUUUCAUCAGCAGUGGUUUGCUCUGUUACAAAAACGAAAUCAAACGGUGACCACUGAGAAUGUCCGCUGCUUCUUUUUCUCCAACCGUACGAGCGCACGCCUGUUUGAGGAAAGAACCCGAAAGGUGAUGGUGAGCUCUCAGGACGCGGCUUUGACGUGCGCCGUGUUGGACCAAAGAAACCCACCUGAGGAAAUGUGUGCUGCUGAGAUUUACCCGUACAAAACAUCCUUUUAGCAAGCCAUAUGAACACACAAACAAACACACUUGCUCUCCUUAUUUCAUCCCAUGCACGUGCACACAGACACACGCAUAAGCACCCACCAGGGUUGAGUAGCAGUGCCCUAGUCAGCUUCGCAUGAGGUUUCCCAGGAUCAAAGGAUCCGUUUCUUAUCCUUCAGCAGAAGCACCAGACAAAAGCAAACAGGAUGAAGGUACAGACAUCUUCACUUGGCUAUCAACUUUGUGUUUUCCGUCGCUCUCAGAUGGUUGCAAUUUUGCCAAAACCUAAUGUGAAACAGAAACACACAUUGGAUGAGACAAACCCAAGCUCCCGAAUGCAGGUGGCACAACAGUGAGCCAAAUUAAGUGCAUCACAUUCAGGAGCAAAUAUUUGUUUUUUGCUUGUUUUUUUUUGUAUUCUUUUGCGAAGAGGAGCCUUCAUACAGGACACUUCUCUGUGAUGCCAACUGACUUUUAAAAAAAAUGUCUCUUUCAUUUAACUGUGGAACAGCAUCGCUCAUCCCGAAGUGGCGUCUCCUUUGGCUGCGUCGUGUAAUUACUGUGAUUUAUUUCUGAGAUUUUAUUGAUAUAUUGAUUUACUGACGUUUGUGUAUAUACGGCGUGGUUGCCAUAAGCGCUCCGUGUGGCGUGACAGUUUUGCUGAUUUUGAUUUGCACACUCCCUCACGAUCCACUUUUGUCUUUUGUUCUCUUCAUUUGCCUUUGUUUGCUUUUCCUUUCUUUACAAAUACAUUUUGUUUUUUACAUUCUCCAUUUAUCUCUCUUCUCUGUGGUGUCUGUAUCUAGGUUAAUAUGCCAUCACUGUGCUGUGAAAUGUUUCCCUCUGCUGGACAAACAAACACACACACACACACACAAACACACACACACAAGCACAGACACACAAAGCACAGAAGACCUCGUUUUACAGACGUAAACUCUAACAUAUUUGAAAGCACGCACAUGCACAAGCACACUUAUACCCCCUACUUGCUACUGUACUUUCCUUCUCCUCUUCCCCACUUUCUAACACCGAACCUGUAAGAUAUUGUACAUAGCUCUUUUUUCUAUUGAGAGUGUGAUUUUUACACAAGCAUCACCAAGACUCUGUGUGGCGAUUGAAGGAAAAUCUUGUUUUUGUUACAAUGAUGGAGAAUUCGAGCAGACGUGCUGAACCACUCUGACCCAUCAGUUGGAAAGUACUCAGAUGACUCACUUUUUGUUUCAAUUUGCUGCGUCUGUCUGUUGGACUGAAUAAAGCUGGAUUGGAAAAGUCAUUUUACUCUGACAUCAGACACUAUGUGAUCCUGACUUUCUGAGUUUUAUUAGGCCAUUUUCACUUUCCUUUUUUCAUGCUUUGAUCAUCCAUCCAUCCAUCCUCUACUUUUCAGUUGUGAUGGGGCAAGAGUGAGGUUACAUCCCAGACAGGUCAACAGUUUAUAGUGGGGCCAUAAAUUUAAAGCAUAGAUAUCUAAACACCCUAAGAGAUCUAUUUUUCCUUUUUCAAGGCAAUAGGUCAAGCUGUGAACACACAUUUCACAAAUUAUUGCAUUCUAGUUAGCACUAAUAUUUUAUCUAACAGCUUUCACAUCCAACUUAACAGAUUAAGAGCUUUAAUUUGAUGAAUGGUGUAAUAUUAAUGAUGAAUGGGCAUAUUUUCUAUUUUGGUUCUACUAUGCUCUACUAUGAUCACCAGCCAGCUGCUAACUUUGUUUGUCUGCUGUCUACUUGGACCAGUUUUACAGUUACCAGAGGUUUCCCCACUGAAGGGAGCUUACUGCUCUUAAGUCUUAAUUAUCUGGCAUAAAGUGAGACUCAUUCAUGAUACCAGCAGAUCAGCUGAUCCUCAUGCUAUUCCACAUUAGCUGAUCCGACUUAUGCUAUUUGAGUUGGUGUAGCCUGUCUGCAGUUAAUGCACUUCUGCAAGCUGCUUUGCAACCCACCUUGAUCACUACCCCUUCUCGAAUGCUCUAUCUGACUUCAUCAAUGUCAUGUCUAUUGUGUAAUAAAGCCGCAAGGUCCCAGAAAAGAAUAAUUGUUGCAGAUGGAAAGGCAUGUAUCGCUUUUGGUUCCCCAUUCAUGUGGAUGUAAGAUAAAGAUGGCCCAAUUUUCUGAUGAUAGGCCUGUGUUGUAAAUAUGUGCCUCUCUGGCUAUUCAUUAGCAUUAUAACAUUAGUGAUAAUACGCCAUCAGACUGCGUGACAACAACUAAAUCCUCCAUCAGCCUACAUAUCUUUAAGUUUUUUGUUAACCUUCCUUACGAACGCUCCACUCACACUCUAUGUGGCUGUCAUAGGUAUCACUUUGGAAAUUAAAACAAAAAGAACAUAACUUCUCUUCAUUUUAUUUUUUUUUAAUUGUGCUCAGCUAAAUAAAAAUGACCAUCUUUUGGAGAUCCAAAUCUAGCACCCAGUAGAUUUUAUUUUUCAUUAUAGCUUCUACUUAACCAAAAGCAUGUGUUUGACCAUUGAGAAUAUGUGCUAAACUACCCUUAUAUAGUUCCCUGAUGGAUGCUAAGCUUCAUUAUCAUCAGCAUCUUGUACUUGUGAGAGGUUUGAUUUCACUGAAAAAACAAAUAAAUAAAUAAUCAAAACUGUGACAUUUUGAUGGCUCAGAGAGCCAGGGCUACUUAUACCACAUAGUGUACCUGCAACUUUGUGAAGCUGAGUCAGACAUGUGACCUUUGCUGCAUGAUGGCCCUUUGUUUCAUGUGUUUCCUCAUUUCUUUCCAGUCUUCAAUGUCCCAGUGAAGCAGAAAUGCCUUAAGAUAAUCUUGAUGACAAAAUGUAACGAAAGUGUUUUCUAAGCAGUGACUGGCUGUAAUUUCAUUUGCAAGUGCGAAUUUGUCAUUUGUCCAAAUUCUCUGUGAAUCCUCUGUGAUCCAAAAUGCACAAAUGAGACACAAUCAAACAUGAAAGGUAAACACGCCCGCCACGAAGACUCGGAUUCUCCACCGGCUCGACUGCCGUCGCCGCAGCUUUACUUUCCUGUAAAGUCUUCGGUAACACAUGUUUAAAAAUCAAACAACAAACACGCUGCAGUUGACUGACAUGUGAAUAAAAAGCACCAGUCUCCUUCAGAUCUGCUACUCAGAGGCAGGACCGUGUUUCCUUUGAUCCUGAUGCAGCAAACCCUCUGUUUUUGUAAAGAUUUGUGUGAUGAGAACAAUAAAUGGAUAUUGAAAUAAGAAAA